GAAGUGGGGAAGUGGCGCGAUUGGCUGUCGAUUCAGAGAUCAGCCCUGAUCUAAGAUAAAAAACCAAGAGAGCUGCGCCUCACAGGAGCAGAGGACAGAAAAACAAAUCCACAACUGAUCCCUACUUAAUUAAUAACACGUACACGUUGACACUGACAGUAACUCCCCGCUGGCAAAGAGCUACAAGAAAGCCAAGGAAGAGAAUUUUAAAAAUUGCCAUCCUGGUGCUGGUGGUAGAACACCUGAACGCGUUAAAUCCAGCUGGAGCACAGCACAGUUCUACAACUUUUCUUACAGCUAAAACUUCCUGCAGGAUGGCUCACUAUCACCGGUUGUCUGUCGUGUUGUUCGCGUGGAGCUAUUUUUGCUUUGGAUCUUGUGAUCUGCUAAAAGAUCAUUUCGCAGGACUCAAGAACAAUGCCGACUUGGGAGAUUUCGACAGGACUGGGGAUACACAUGACAUUUCUGAAGCUGAAAACGAGCUGCUUUUGCGGGACACCGUCUCAGAACACAUGGUGAUGCUAUAUGAUAAGUACAAGGGAACAGGUUUUCACUUCAAGGAUGGAAAUACAGUUCGGAGUUUUAAAGCUAAGUGGGGCACCAUUAGAGAUAAGCAACUGCAAAUCUUUAACCUGACCUCUCUAACGAAAUCAGAAGACAUUCUUUCUGCCACGUUACAUUACUAUAUAGGAGACCUGCUGAACACAAGCCGGAAGUGUGCAAGACCCAUGAGCUGUGGUCACCAUGGCCACAGAAAACAAGCCCACAUCCAUCUUGCCAUCUGGAGUUUGGCUUCUGUGGCCAACAACACCAGGACUCUGGGGCACUUUCAUAUCAAUGCCUCCACUGUCUAUCGGAACUUCCUGUCAUGGCAGUGGAAGGACAUUACACGUGUCCUGAAUGAAGCCAAGCACAAGGACGAGCUUCUGAUCGGGAUUGAGAUCGCCUCGCAAGGAACCAGGCCCUGGAAAAAGCUGCUUUCGAAGCGCUCCCCAUACAUUCUGGUGUACGCAAACGACUCUGCUAUCUCAGAAUCAGAAGCUGUAGUGUCAACACUGCAAAGGCAAGGGGGGUCCCUGGCUCCCGGCCUCCACAAGCUGAGAGUGCACACACGCAACAGCACCGCCGAGCGGAGGAGCAAGCGAUCCGCUAACAUCCUCUUCCCACUGCAGAACAACGAGCUGCCAGGGGCAGAGUACCAGUUCAACGAGGCCCAGGCCUGGGGAGAGAGGAAUCCGUACAAAGCACUGGAGACCCGCCCAGCAGAGCGGCAGAGGAACAAAAAGAAGCAGCGAAAGAGCGAUGGGCACAAGGUGCAGACGCUCCAGUUCGAUGAACAGACUUUGAAAAAGGCUCGACGGAAGCAGUGGAACGAGCCACGGAAUUGCGCCCGCAGGUACCUGAAGGUGGAUUUUGCUGACAUUGGCUGGAGUGAGUGGAUUAUUUCCCCAAAGUCUUUUGAUGCCUACUACUGCUCUGGGUCCUGCCAGUUUCCCAUGCCAAAGUCUUUAAAGCCGUCGAACCACGCCACCAUCCAGAGCAUUGUGAGAGCUGUGGGUGUGGUUCCUGGGAUCCCAGAGCCCUGCUGCGUUCCAGAACGCAUGUCCUCCCUCACUAUAUUAUUCUUUGACGAGAACAAGAACGUGGUCCUCAAGGUCUACCCCAACAUGACUGUGGAGUCGUGUGCCUGCAGAUAACACCAUGGAGACAUUCACUUCAAUUAUUCCUUCACUUUGGAUUUUUUUUUUUUUUGCACUGGAAGAUAAAUUCUGAUCAAAAGUGAAGAUUUCCACUUUCGGUUACUUUUUAAGCUCCAUCGAUUAUGAAAUUGGAUAGGCGGACAACAGAGACCUUUAUGUACAAAGUUCAAAACAUGGACAGCAGCAUUACUGCUGAUGCUCUCCACUGUCGAUUUAACGACUGAAUGACUAACUGAUGAGACAGUUCUGAAACCAGUUUCUACAGUAAAGAUGAAAGAUAACUAGUACCUAAUAGAGGGGAGAAUGUCUUAAAGAACCGUAUAAGAAGCCUCUAACUGUUCUGAAUCAGAAACAUGAUGGCCUCAUGAACUCCUGCUGGACAAGCCUUUUCUUUAUUGUUUAUCAAGGUGGCCUUUAUAUUGCACAGUAUAACCACAAAGUAUCAAUAUAGGAUCUCUUAAACGCAUUACUGCAAUCAGAAAUUGUUUUCUUAGGGAAGAGAGGUGUAUAGAUAUAUUUAUGGCUGUUGUCUAGUUCUAUUCAAAACCAAUAUAUAACCAGAUAUAAUUUUAGUUUAAACCAGAUUAAAGCUUGGUAAGUGGCAUCACGAUGCAGGUGAUUAUUAUUUAUAAUUUCAAUAAUUUGUCUUUCAUUCGUUGUCACAUAUCAGCACUGUGUAAUCAGCUAGAUGCACCUAAUGUGCGCUCACUACACAUUGAAACCAUGCCAGCCCUCGUAUUUCAUGAUUAUUAAAGUGAUGCACCUUGUAAAUGUACCAAUCAUUUAUUUCUUACAUGCCCAGUAUACAAUAUUGGUUCUGUCUUUUUCUGUUUAUUUUUAUCAAUGCUUUCGAGAAAGGUCCUGUCUCUGAUGAUGUGUUGCUUCUGUAUUUGUAUAUCUUCAUAUGCAACCCUACCUGCUCUCCAAGGUCUGACUCCCAUGUUAAGGAGACGGUUAAUCUCUCUGCUUACCAAAUUAAUGAAUAUGUAAAGUGCCAAGGGAGUUAGGGGGAGGGGUCACCAGCUAAGCCAGAAAGGGAGCUGCUGAUUGGCUAUAGGCUUUCAGGAAUGUACCUGUCAAUUUGUUGCCUGGUAUACCUUAUUCCUGAAAUCAAAGCAGGUUGAAGGAUUUUACAAACUUAACCAAGGAGUCCGAUUUUGCUGUAUUUACAGGACCAGUAAAGCAUGACAAUAAAGUGUGCAGCGACAAAGACAAACACAUUUGAGUACAGCUGAAUUACAUUGGUACUUAAAACAUUCAUCAUAUUUACAGGGUGUAAAAAACAGCUUUGGAAUUGCAGUAUUCCUUUAAACAAACACAACAGGCGUUUUUAAUGUACCAUAUUAUACAAUUAAAACAGUCAGCACUAUACUUAAAGUGGUACUCCGUUUAACCUCAGGCAUUUUAAGUGACGCACAGUAUGUUGCCUGAGUUUGACCAGAAAGCAUCAUUUUAAGCACUAAACUAUUGUAGAGCCCAUGAACAAACAGGAUACAAAUUGGGCUAGUGUGUUUAAAUUUACUUAAUAUAUGUAAUAUAUUUUUUAUAAAUGCAUUUAUUCUUGAUAUAAAAUAUUACUUCCAAUAAUGUAAGUCUCUUUUCUGUUUAUUAAAAUGAAAUCAGUACUGUCGUUUCUACAAAUGCAGUGCUGUGAAAGGAUCCAUUAUCCAGCUGUAUUUAAUGGUUCUGCAAGCAUAGUUUUAAGUGUAUAUUUACAAUGCAAACUUUACCACAAUCCAUUUUAAAAAUACAAUUAACUAGCAAUACAAAAUAAUAAAUGAUACACCAUGAAAGGAUAUGCAGAAUCUCCAAUAUGCUCCUCUUGAUCAUCACAGACUCGUUAUUAAUUGAAUCUGCUGGUGUACAGUUAACAGCAGUCACUGGUCACGUGACAGCUACUAUAGUCAACAAUUUUGGUGUUCUACUGUAAAGACCCACUCAUACUUUAAUGUCUGCUUAGUAACAAUAUUUUCUAAAAGUGUCAUGUUUCAUACAUAAGGGGACAAUGAAAUGAUUCAGUUCCGACAUACAAUAUUAGGUGUACACAGACAUUUCAUUCCCUGCUCAUUUUUAGCAGUAGAUAAGAGGGGUUUUUGUAUUUAAUGGCAUAUUUAGAAAUAUAUCACCUUAAAACAAUAAUCAAAGACUGUUACUGUAUUUUAAAAUGACUAUGGAUUAUGAAAACUUCACAAGAGUUUAUAAGCUGCUGUAACGUUUUUUUUUUUUUUUCUUUCUCUCUGGUUUAUUGGCACCCAGUUGUCUUUAAUCAGUUGUGUUGCUGCACCAAGCUACUUAAGACAUUGAGCAGGGCACUCAGAACAGUACACUAGAAAUAUUUGAGAUGAUUUUCUCUGUUCUAUUUCUUAUGCAUGUUAAUAACAUAUACUGAGCAUCAAAAGAAACGUAUCACUUAUAUUUGAGCAUUAAAAGAAACUUAUCACUUAUAUUUCAGCAUUAAAAGAAACUUAUCACUUAUAUUUGGAUCAAAUUCACUAGAUGUGAUGGAUGUGAAGUUUGCAAUUCAAUAGCUGAAAUCACUCCAUAUCCAGUGUCCAAUCAAUUGUCUCACUUAUUAGGUGAUUAAGUGCAUAUGCUUCAGUCAUAGUCACUCAAGCGUGUCAUGGUCAAGGAUGAAUGAUCGAGUGAUUAAAAAGAAACCAAAAACAUUUUGUCAGUGUCCAUCAUUUAUAUACCUUAUUUUUUUCGAAAAUAAAUGUGUUAUAAUAGUGAUGUUUCUUUUGAUGCUCGUAUAUAUUUGAACACUGAUCUUGUUGACUGUUUUUUUUUUUAUAUUUUAAAUUUGUGUACAUACGUAAGUUAAACAGUUUUUACCAACACAAAAAUACAUGUAUUUUUUUAUGUGGCUAUUUUAACCCUUAAUGUAAAAGUGUUGUUCGCCUGCUCAGUAACUAUGAGUCUUUUUCCAUUGGCUUUGCUACUUGUGUUUGUCAUGGGCAAUCUCAACACGACCCACCCUGAUUAAAAGUAUUGUUCCUUUCCUGGCCCGUUUACCAAAGGAAAGCAGACUCCAGCUGCUGUAUCUCCCUCUCUGCUACUAGCCAGUGCACAAUCAAUAAAUACACAGAAUGAAGGCCGUAAACCAAAUAUUGAAAAACUGUUUCACAGAUAACUCCCUACUAUAGAUAUGUAUAUUGUUCCUGUAUAUACUUUUAAAUUUAUGUUCACAUCUUUUAAGAACGAUCUCACUUAAUAAAAGAGCGUUUUAAACAACAAUCUUUUACAUUUUUGUUUUUACUGUUUUAUUUAUUUUAUGGUUUUGUUUUUGUGUUUUGUGUAAUCAUAUAUUUAAGAUGACACAGUGCUAGGAUUACUCAGCUCAAUGCCAGUUUUACAUUCAUUACAUUUUUUUUAGUAUGUGUACUGGUAUGAACUGUUUUUUUUUUUUUUUUUUUUUUUACAUUAAGCCUGGGAUGGAAGUUUGUGUGUGAGCAAUGUACUCACAGGUGAUUAUAUGAUUUGAAUAUUGGAAUAAUAAACAAUAUAUUUCAUGCUUGUUCCAGUAAAA